AUGGAAUGCGGCGAGCACGCGAACUGCUACAAGCGCUACGAGUGCAUAGUCAACAAGCUGAAACGGGAAAUCCGCAAAGCCGACGAGUUUCUGAAAAAGUGCGACAAGUGCGACAAGCAGCGACCGAUCGUGCAUCGCUUAACCAACGAGGAGAAGCGCCGAAUCGUCAACAAGCUGAAAUGCGCCUCGCAGGACUGCUGUUUCCUCGUCGAGGAGCUGAGGAUGCACAGGGCCGAGGUGAAGUACCUGACCGGCGCCUAUGAGAAAUUGAUCUUCAAGUACAACGAGAUGCUGACGCGCCAGAGAUGCUUGCUGCAACAGAUAGAAAAUUUGUACGAUCACGCGAAGACGCAGAUGCAGUGCGAGGUCAAAUCCUUUCAAGCCGAGGAGGCUCAAUCGGCCGAGAGACUUUGGGAAUUCCGAGAGGUUCAAAAGCAAGAGAACGAAGCCCUGGAAAAGAUUUUCGAUAGGCUAGUCUCCAAGUACAACGCCAUCGUGGACGAGUGUCAAAAGAGCAAAGUGUGCCCGAGCAAAUGCGUCGAGGAAGACCAGAGGGACAAGCAGCUUUUCUGCGUCGUGACGCAGUCGAUCAAGCAAGCCUUCGACUUGCGAGCGCAAAUAGAGAAUAAGCCUUGCGACUUUUUCCAUUACGCUCUUGCCGGCAGUUCGAACGUCUAGAAAUUUUCGGGGGAGCAAUAAAACAGAACAGCG